ACUUGUAAAAGUGAAGCGCAAGCAUUUAAAAUAAAAAUCAAUGUACUUUCUUUAUUAUGGAAGUUCAAAUAGCAUCAUUUCGGUGGAUUUGUUUGAUAAUUCUAGGUUUUUCCACUCCUUUUGUCGUUGGUCACGAUAGUGCAAUAGUUGUGAACAUACAGAAUGGACCAAUUGCUGGUGAACGGCGUGGAGAUUAUUACGCAUUUGAGGGUAUUCCAUACGCUAAGCCUCCGCUGGGUAACUUACGGUUCGCCUCCUCGGAGCUGAACGAUGAUCGGUGGACCGAACCACGGAGCACUACCAAGCCAGGAUCAAUCUGUCUACAGUGGGCUCAUUUCAAUAAGACCAAAGACAAGUUAAAAGGUGCAGAAGAUUGCCUGUUCCUAAACGUUUACACAACAUCGAUUGACCCAACCGUCCGACUGCCCACGAUCGCGUUCAUACACGGAGGCGCAUUUAUGUUUGGAGCCGGAAGCAAAAGUAAACCAGACCAUAUCAUAAAACGACACAUAGUUUUGGUCACCUUCAAUUACCGUCUAGGGCCACUCGGGUUUCUUAGCACCGAGGACGAUGUCAUUCCCGGGAACUUUGGACUCAAAGAUCAGGUGAUCGCUUUGCAGUGGAUUAGGGAGAACAUCGAAUCGUUCGGUGGUGAUCCCGAAACGGUUAGCAUAGUUGGAUAUUCAGCAGGAUCUGCCAGCGUACAUCUCCAUUACCUGUCUCCACUUUCGCGAGGAUUGUUUACAUCCGGCAUUGGGCACAGCGGAUCUGCACUUAACCCUUGGACAAUGGCAGAAAAAUCAACGGAAAAGGCAAAACAAAUUGGCAGUGCACUUGGCUGUCCCAUAAGAACAUCACAAACGCUUCUGGAAUGUCUACGAAAUGUUCCGGCAGAGGACAUCGUACGACAAGUGUCCCAGUUUCUUGACUUUCUCUACAAUCCCUUCUCGCCGUUCGGUGCAGUCGUUGAGAGGGAAGGAUCGCUUAAUCCGCACCCUUUUUUAAAAGAAACCCCUCGAUCAUUAAUGAGCAGCGGGAAUGUGGCCAAAGCACCGCUCAUACUAUCGGUUACUCAAGCUGAAGGUCUUUACCCAGGAGCAGAGUUUAUCAGCGACCAUAAAUACAUUCAGGAAAUAGAUUCCAGAUGGAAUGAGCUUGUGCCAAGCAUUCUGGACUAUAAAACGGCAGUAGGCGAUCUGAAGACACGUGAUCAUCUAUCUGAAACGAUUCGCAGUCGUUAUUUCCAAGGCAACGAUCGAUUAUCAUUGAAUAAUUUCAAUGUACUGAUUCAAAUCAUUUCUAAUCGACUCUAUUUUGCUGGCGUUACGGAAUCGAUCAAACUAAUGCAGCCCCACACCAAGGUGUAUGUCUAUGUGGAUUAUUUCAAAAUCAAGUACGGUAUCGGUGAGAAGCUAUCCAAGGGCGCAGAUACGACAUACCUUGGAGUGUCCCACGGUGAGGAUGUCGAUCUGGUAUUUCAUAGCAUUGCCCGAGAGCAUUUACCAUACACCAAGGAAGAGAGGAUAGUGAUCAAUCGGUUCGUAACCAUGUACAAACAUUUUGCCAAAGGAGCUGCUCCUCGAUUUGGGUCCCAUACACUCCCUCUGCAGGAUGAUCGCGAUAAGAUUUCGUACUUGAAGCUGAACUAUCCACAAAGUGUAGUGAUUUGUGCCAGUGGAUUAAAUGAUGAAGAGUUUUGGAACAGUCUCGAUUUUAACGAUGCACCGUAUGAAAGGAUUUGCAAUUCAAAUCCAGGAAUAGACGAAUGAUAUCACUGUUGCUGUGCUAAGAACACGUCUAAGCAUAACAGUGUCUUAGUGUAGUAUUAUGACAACGUGAUAAUGCAAUAAAAAAAAAUAUUGAAAGAUCGAAGAUAUG